AUGGAGGCCCGAGCGCUCUGGCUGCUAGCCUUGUUCCUGGCCUUGGGGUUUUCCAGAUCAGCCGGGCAGUAUGUUGGCCUGUCGAGGAACCAGUGUGCCGUGUCGGCCAAGGACAGGGUGGACUGCGGCUACCCCCAGGUCACCGAACAGCAGUGCAACAACAGAGGGUGCUGCUUCGACUCCAGCAUCCCCGGGGUGCCCUGGUGCUUCAAGCCUCUCCAGGAAACAGGAUCAGAGCAGGUCCUGCUGCCCCCUGCACUGGUGACGAAGGCCCCGUCCCUGCCCCAGGGCCUCUUCUCCCUUCCCAGCAAAUGGAGGGAGAAGUUCCAGAUGGGGCUUUGGGACAAGGAGAGAAAUGCACAUUUUGAAGCGGUGCCCCCACGCUCCAUGCUCACCCGGAUGUGA